AUGUCGAGGGGAAGCAGUGCAGGUUUUGAUCGACAUAUCACAAUUUUUUCCCCUGAGGGAAGAGUCUAUCAAGUUGAAUAUGCUUUUAAAGCGAUCAAUUCAACGAAUUUGACUGCUGUUGGUGUCAAAGGUGUUGAUUGUGCUGUAAUAGCGGUCCAAAAGCGUGUUCCUUUCAAUUCUUCGAUUGUUGUUUAUUUGCAGGAUAAACUGAUUGUGGCAGAUUCUGUGACAAGUUUGUAUCAGUUGACACCAACUAUUGGUUGUGCUAUGGUCGCUGAUAGCAAAUUUCAAGUGAAAAGAGCACAAAUAGAAGCUGCUGAAUGGAAAUAUGAAAAUGGUUACAAUAUGUCAGUGGAACAGCUAAGUAGGCGAAUGGCUGAUCUCAAUCAGUAUUACACUCAAAACGCUGAAUUACGUUCUUUGGGUUGUGUGAUGUUGCUAAUCUCAUAUGAUGAAGAAGAUGGGCCUCAAAUAUUUCGUGUAGAUCCAGCUGGUCAUUAUCGAGGUAUGCGCGGAGUAGGCGUUGGCGUGAAACAGCAACCUGCCAAUAGCUUUUUAGAAAAGAAACUGAGAAGAAAAACGGAUUUCGAUUACGAGGGUACAGUUCAAGUAUGUUUUUUCUAUAAUUCUUCAUAUUUAAUACUAUGCUCUCCUUAACG